UUGCUCGCUCAAAUUUUUCAGGCUUGGGGGGAGGAAAGUUUUCUUCCUACCUUUUGUCUUUCUGCUCUUUCCCACUUGCCUUCCUUCUUCUCCACCUUCUUGAAACCUACUACAUCCGCUCUUUUCUCAACUUUCAGGCUUUCCCACUAUGGCGGGACGCGAUGGGAACACGCUGUCGUCUAAGGCAGUGUCAUAUUUGAUUCAUCACAUCGUGCUUCCACCGGGACUGCCCCAGGCGGACGACUCUGAUCCGGACCUCGAGCGAUGCCUUCUUCGGACAACGAUAAGUGCCCUGCAAGAAUUUGGAAAUCUUUGCCCGUCAGAAAGCCUCGCACAAGUCGAAUAUGUUGUCUCCACUAUCAAUAACCUGCUCGCGACCAAAGGUCCGCAUGGGUUCAUCAACGAGGAGCAACUCACCACGUCUAUGCAACGCCUGGCGGACGGUGAUGGCCUUGGAGCUGUUCCUCUGGAGAUCAAAGCCCAGAAUGCCGCUCUACUACUUUCCAGAAGCAAUGGCGGCAUAACAUUUGAAGCCUUCGAAUUGUCCCCUUCCAAUGAAUCCGUUAUGGCUACCAGAGGGCGUCUCGUACGAUCGUUUCCCGCCGUUGCAGUCGAGGUGGACGUUUCACAGUUCGCAGACAAGGAAUUCCAAAGGGCCAUCGCGCAUGCAAUCUCCAAGAUGAGCUUUCAGCACGCAGAAGGCUUUCAGCCAGAGGUGACAAAGGCAGGAAGCCGUCACGAGGAGGAACGUGACACGACACAUCCUGGCCUUGUGACAAUUCAUCUCAUAAACAUCAUCAGAGCCGUUGGCAUCGCGAUAGACCCAUCAAGGAUUUGGAAGAACACCCGUGACGAGAUCAUGUGGUGUGAUAGCAAGCUCCCCUGGCGCCGUGCUCCAUUGUGGCUGUUGAUCAGGGUUGUAAUGCACCUCUGUUUCGUGCGAAAUCCCGUCGCGGGCGAGCGUGGGAGCGACAUAUACAAGAAAUUCAUGGUAUUCUUCCUGUCAAAGAUUCUGGACCACGCUCGCGGACACAUCAAAUCACUGGGAGGUAAUAUCGUAUUCACGAUCUCCGCCAAGAUCUCUCAGCGUCUUCUCAAACUGACGCAGUCUCUCGGACAAAUGUCCGAAACUCCGAAAUGGUUGGGAAGGGUUCAUGAAUCGAUGCGCUUGGCCCACAAUGGUCAAGAACGAGCGUGGGAAGACAUCAGACGUGGGAUUCAGUGUUCCCAACACUGGAAAGGGGCGACUCUGAGUUCACUACAACCGACCGCUGACGUGGAUGUGGGGAUACCUGGAUUGGAUCAUCAUAUCGCGGUCUUAAAACGAAGAGGAAGAGCAACAGAGCGUAAGGUCUUCCAGCCAUCGUCAAAGCUUGUAUCUUUCCAGCCCGAUCAACUUCCCAACUCUCUACGUGGGGGAGGUCCCGAUUGUCAUGUCACCCUAGCGGCCUUCGAAGCAUGGGUCGAGUAUCAACUCACACCAUGGGUGAAUUCUGUCAUUGGUACUACUGUUGAUCUCCUUCCGCUGCGUCGUUUGGUGGAAGAAUAUUACAGUAUCGCAAGCCGAAUUUACCACAACGAUCCGAGGAGCAUAUCCAUCAUGUACCUCACGAUUCUGGAACUUUGGGUAGCUUGUGAUAGAUUGGCUUGCCAUAUGCACUCUCUGCUGAAUCAGUACGACCCGGAGAUUCCGGUUGACCAGUUCCAGCUAUUCCUGUUGCCGCUCAAAACCCAACUACAAAGGCUGGCCAUUAUCGAAGACCGUCUGCGAGCUCGGAAAGCACUUUGUCUUCGCAACGCUCCUUCUGUGUACAGGGAUUUUGGCAAGCCGCACUCGUUUGCUGUCAAGUACUUUGACCAGUCACCUUCUCAUCAGGCCCUCAAAGUCAGGAUAGAAAACGAGGCCGCCGAACGGCGGCAGGCGAAGCAGAAACAAUUGCUGGAGGAACAGGGACGAUAUCAGAGGCUUAUGGAGCAGCACAGUAACAUGGCAUGUCAAACCUAUAACUACCUCACGGAGGAUGGCCACCAAGAAGUUCGCCAUAAAGACAACUGUGAGAAAUGCCGCGUCGCGAAGGAGGCACAGGGAAUCGGAAUCCAGAUCUACGAAUGGCCUCUGCCCACGGAUGAGCACAGAGCUAAGGCGACAGUCUUUGAGCUGGCAGUUCCCGAGGCAUUUAGCAAUUGGCGCGACAUGUCCCUCUUUCUGCUCAAAGAUGUUCUGCGAUGCGACUACUUCAAUUCGAGCCGUCCCAGAUGCUCUUACCAGCUCCCCAGCGAUGGCGGCUUGUCCAAAUUCCUAUCCAACUCGUAUUCCGUCCGGCGCUUGGUUUUAUUAUCCCAAGUGAAACCUCACAGCGUCACUCAUCGCCGGGAAAGACAUGUCCAAUAUCUGCGCGAAAGUGACGUGUGUCUGCGAAAUGGGCUACAAUAUGAGUACUAUGACGAGCGCACGGUGACGUUUGCCGGUCGUAUGCACACUACGGAAGCGGUAUCGAGUAGUUGCAUGCAUAUUCUUCCGGGACGGUCUUCUGCUUUGCAGGCAUUUCUCUGUCGGUCGCCUUCGAUGCCAAAUGGCUUACCACCCAACCAGGUGAUCGCUAGUCAAUGUGCCUGUCCCAGUCAUAUGUCACUGGGCGAGUAUAAGUCCUUUUGCUCGAUUCCAUUGGGGAUCAACAUCCAAUACCUCAACAUACUAGCGCAACUGGCUAUGCCAACCAUCGACUUCGGCAAAGUGGAGACCCAGAUCCUUAUUGUUCAGACCAUCUUUCAAGCCGGUUUGCCAUCAGAGCAGGGAACCGUCGAACGCCAAGCACACAAUAUAUUGGUCGAUGAUGCCUUCGGCUCAUCCUUCAUAUCACAACUCGAAAAGGCAUUGCUAGGGAUCCAAGAGAACUGGGACCGCUGGAGAGCACUUGCGAACUUUAUUCAAUUGACGGUACGCCUCUUGACGUUCACAGGCUCCGCAGCAAUUGCAGCCCGUUGCUCCGAUCUUCUAGCGAAAGGUCGAAAAACAUGUCUUCUCUGGCUUGAUGCAAUCGCGAGCAGGAGGGAGGAGAUACGAGAUCCUAAGCAAAGGGCUCUGUUGGACUCAAGAGCAGUCGAGAUUGCACUUGUAGCUAUUAGCAGCCUUGAUCUGGAGCUGGAACAACUGCGUGCGACCCUGUCCGUCCCCGAAGCAGCAGUGACGUUGUUAUGUUGCUCUAUCACGGUGCAAGGAAAAAAUCCAUCCGCGUCGCCGGAGCAUGUUCACCUGCACGCCUCGAUGUUACAAUGUUGGCGCAAGUUGAUGUACCGUGCCUUGCCAAUAUUCCAGCGGUUGUGUUGUGAGACUGACGGCCUUACGGACGCCGUUCGGGCCUCUUGGCCAGGUUUUCAGCCAGAGGGAUGGACAACUGUUGAUGCCGAGAGAACGGACUGGCUUGUCACCAAAGCGAGAGGACCGGGCUCUUCCUGCAAGGUUGUUGUCCACUUCAAUCUUCUCACAGGCCAACUCCUCGUCAACGGAGUCCCUCUGUCACGCCUGCCCGAUGCGUAUACAUCUCAUCCAGUGUAUCAUCGAUUACUCGGCAAGGCAUCUAUCGAAGUGUUGCCUGUCAGCGAGUCUGCCUUCGUGUUCCAAGCAAGGCAUCCCUAUCGAGGCUGGAACCUCUUAUUCGGAAUGGAGAAGUCUAACUUGCUGGUGCGAAUCUGCCGUGACGGCCAUUCAUUUGACCUUUUGCCAACGGCUUUGUUCGAGCACAUCUUCCCUACAGUUUUCGCUCGAGACUUCGUACAUUGGUAUGAUCAAGGGAAAGACGAGAUUGAGUUCCGCCAUAUCGAUGAUCCAUGGCUUUCUUCUACGCAGCCUUGGUGUCUACGAAGGUCACACAAACGCAGUUGGCGCCUUUCUAGAGGAAACGAGCUCCUUGUCCAUUCGCUCAGCGCUACCGCUGCCAACCUUGCCAGAAUACUCUCACCGCUUGAAAGCACUGAAUUCAUUCAUGUGAUCGCUAACAGCUCCUCCAAAUCCGUGGCUGUUGAGUUACCACGCCUGCAGUUGAGCUUCUACUUCACGACCGGCAAGUCAUGCAUUUUUUCUCGGCAGUAUCGCGGAAUGAUCAUCGACAAUAACCAAACCAUGAAUACUUUGAUCGGAUUUACAAGCAGACUGCUUUUGAAACCUGAGAAUGGGAGCAAAGAUCGUGUAGUACUCAUCCCGGAGGGUGCUAUCAAAUACAGAGCCACUUCUGGAUAUACUUCUGUCUUUAUCCCUCCUCGAACGGCCAAGAAAGUCAGCGCAUAUCACCUGGAUGGUAUUCUGGGCAGAAUAAUAGAUAACGGUACUUUGCGCAGCAAGUUGGCGUUAGCGUACUUGCAUGCUCUCACUUCUUACUGUCUUCCCGACCCGUUCACGGGCUAUACUGGUGCGGAGGCAGCGCUGUCGAUACUGAAAUCCGGGGCCGUGAUGUCGUUCGAAACCCUCACAUUGGACGAAAUCCGACUGCUUGAGUCAAUCUCCAAGCUUACGCCCAGGAGAAGGUUUUACCCUCAGGACAAACGAGUGAUGCAGAGUAUCUCGUGGGACUCUCAACUAGCCUUCCUAUCUCAGCACUCUCUCUUUUUGCCCUCCGUACGAACCAUUGUUGAGAAAUUGUCCAAUGCCAGAUUUUUGUGUCCUGAUCAGGCGAAUCUUGAACCUAUGGACAUACAGCUCUGUGAGGAAGAAUUGUUGCAUCGCGACCUCAUACGAUCCUCUACUUUCCGUAUUGAUGGCUUUGGCGCUGAAUCGUUUACCACCGCCUUCGACAGACCAUACGCCGGUAGGGAUGCUGGUCAAGAUAAUGAGAGAGGUCGACGGUCUUUCUUAGCAGCACGCAUGCUACUUCGGCCUGAAGCUGCGCUCCACAGUCGGGUCCCGCCUUCGUUAAGUAGUAAGAUGUGGGACACUUAUCUGGAUAAUCGCACUGUCGAUACCCUUGCCGGGUUUGUCCCACCAUUGGACCUGUCUUUUGACGCAAAGUGGUUGAGAAAUCCUUCACUCUGGGUCAAAGAGCUCUGGUGCAAGCUUCACAUGUCUUUGAGCGCGUCUCCAACUCUACACAAUAGAUUUGAUAUUGCUAUGUGGCUUUCGACAGCUGCUUUUGCAAAGGAAGCCGACAUGGGGUUGAUCCAGUGUCUCAUGGCCUUCUACAGGAUUCGGAGUAUCUCGGACUGUGCCUUACGCAUUCCCGACGGGCCUUCAUGCGACUUGACCAAGGGAUGCCAACCAAAACAGUCUACCUUGAAAGAUCAACUGUCAUCAGCGGCUCGGACUUACGAAUCUUGGCACGAUGACAGUUAUCCCAGGGGACCUAACGAAUCCGUGAAACAGUACAACCAGCGUCGCAAAACUAUUUUCCAGAGCAAGCAAAAGCAAGUCAUUCAGUCCUUUGCGACUGCAUUGGAGAAGCAGUGGCCUUGCGGAACGCCUCAAACCCCAGAUGUGGCGUCAGCCUCGACAUUUCUGCAGGUCAGCAAGGCCAUGGAUAAGGUUCAACCUUGGUUUAGGGCAUGGUACGAGAAUCGGCAAUUAUCCCUCUACAUCAAGGAUGUUUUCAAGGCUCUAGCGGCUCAAAAAGUCCUUCCCGUGAUGCUGCCAAGUUGGCCGCCACCGAAACGCCCUGCAAAUACACCCUCCAGUCGAGAGCCCGAGCGAUACGUCACGAUAAAUCGUAUGUUUGCCAGGGCGAAGCCGCCCACUCUGAUUGAGUUCUGUCAUCGCCCCGACGUCCAGCUGCAAUCUCAAUCAAGCAUAGAAACGGCCUCUCCUUCAGGAUCAGCGUUCUCGAAACUGUGCGCAGAUCUAGGGAACCGCUGCAAAGCUAGAUUUGAGAAGGACUACAUCGUUGAUCUGGAGAGAAGUUUUCGAGCCCUGAACGCGUCGACAUCGCCUCAAAAUAGCUAUAUCGGUACAUCCGAGACAUAUCAGGUUCUCGAAAGCUACCGGGAAAACUGUCAGAGUCACUUGGCAACAGUAUACCAGCGUAUGAUAGAUGGACUUUUCGACGCGGUUGAUGCCACAUUUGCCGUACCUAAUAUCGCCUUCGGUUGCAAGGCUGGGGAGAGUUCCACCUCUAAUCGCCUAAUGUACAAAUACCACAUGCCCCGACUGUCGCCACAGGUACUUCUCCAGCAGCUUAAUCACACACACUGGGCCAGUGUCCCUGGUGAUUGGAGAGCGACGGUAAUCAAGUAUGGCCUGGCGGUUACCGAGCUCCAGCGUGCCCAUAGGCUCCAAUCGCUUGUCAACAGUCCUCUGGAUCUUGCAGAGGAAUUGCGCAAUAUUGGCCAUGAGAACUGGGACCCAGCCGAGUUUCCCGACACAUUAUUGCUUGAGGUCGAGAGCGGCAUCUUGGUACGUAAAGUUCAGGAAGAGAUAGCCCAGCAUAUGAGGAAGCCUCCGAACAACGGGAACGCCGUAAUGCAGCUUAACAUGGGCGAGGGCAAGUCUUCAGUUAUAGUACCGAUCGUAGCUGCAGCACUUGCAGAUGGGAAACGGUUGUUAAGGGUCCUCGUCGCGAAACCGCAAUUUAAGCAGAUGCGACAAAUGCUAGUCUCAAAACUGGGCGGGCUUCUGGGUCGACAGGCCUAUUACCUGCCUUUUUCACGGGCGCUGCACAUUUCUCAAGACGAAGCUCGAUCUAUCCGCCGACUGAUUGAGGACUGUGUGAUCAACAGAGGCGUAUUGCUUCUACAGCCAGAGCAAACUCUCUCUUUCCAGCUCAUGGGUAUUGAAUGUUUGCUUUCCGGCCGUGAGGAGACUGGUCGAUUAUUGAUGGAGACGCAACAUUUCUUGGAUACCAACUCACGAGACAUUGUUGACGAGAGCGAUGAAAACUUCAGCGUCAAAUUCGAACUCAUUUACACGAUGGGAACCCAGACGCCUAUUGACUUCAGUCCUGAUCGAUGGGGUAUCAUCCAUAGAGUCCUCGAGUUGGUCGCUCAUUUCGCUGGUGACAUCAAGAAACAAUUGCCAAAUUCGAUAGAACAUAUCCAAGGAGGUCGAGUUCGGAGGUUUCCAUUUGUCAGGAUUCUCAAGCGAGAUGCGGAUGAGCUACUUCUUGACAUGAUUGCAAAAGAAAUCUGCAAGUUCGGAAUGGUCGGUUUACCAAUCAUGCACCAACCAGAAUCGGUUCGCAUGUCAGUAUAUCGCUACAUCAGGGCACCUCAACUCACAAACGACGAAAUUCUCGCGGUGCAGGAGGGGCCAUUUUGGUCACAAUCGACAUCCAAUCCGCUCUUCUUGGUUCGGGGUCUCAUUGCGGGCGGAGUGCUGUCCUUUGUGCUGGGCACCAAGCGUUGGAGGGUUAACUUUGGUGUCGAUGAAGGACGAUGCCCACCUACCAAGCUUGCUGUACCUUUCCGCGCCAAGGACAGUCCAACACCUCGCUCCGAGUUCAGUCAUCCCGAUGUCGUGAUUUUUCUGACCUCACUGAGCUACUACUACAGUGGACUUUGCGACGACGACAUGUUCAACACUUUUACGCACUUGCUCAAAUCUGACCAAGCGAGCAGGGAAUACGCUGAAUGGGCACGUGCUAUACCGGACAUCCCUGAAGCUAUUCGUAACCUGAGCGGAGUCAACAUCAAAGACCGUGUUCAGUGUACUGAACAUGUUUUCCCAGCUCUACGCUACUCAACAGGAGUGAUAAACUACUUCCUCUCGCAUCUAGUCUUUCCUAAAGAGCUGAAGGAAUUUCCGCAUAAGCUGUCAGCAUCGGGCUGGGAUAUUGGGAAAGUCAAACCCUACCCGACCACCGGAUUUAGCGGGACAAAUGAUUCUCGGCAUCUCCUUCCCUUAAGUGUCCAGCAUCUUGAUAUCCCAUCACAAACGCAUACAAAUGCGCUUGUCUUGUCCUAUCUCCUGCAGAGUGAAAAUUCUGUCGAACUGCUUCAACCGCAAACACAAGCUGGGAUGUCGAGCGCCGAACAGCUGAUUUCGAAGGUCAACCAAAUACGACCGACGACGCGCGUUAUCCUUGAUGCUGGAGCUCAGAUCGUGGAGUUGACUAAUCAGGAGGUCGCAGAGAAGUGGCUUCACAUGAGUGAUCCAACGACGACUGAGGCAGUGGUAUAUGUCAAUGACAAUGAUGAUAUCACUGUAUUGGAGCGGAGUGGGAUCUCUGAACCAUUACAAACUUCUCCAUAUCUCGCCAAAAUCGACCGGUGUAUCAUCUAUCUCGAUGAUGCCCAUACACGGGGGAUUGAUCUGAAGCUCCCUCGGGAGUACCGCGCAGCAGUCACAUUGGGUACGAAAGUAACAAAAGAUAAGUUGGUUCAAGCGUGUAUGAGAAUGAGAAAGCUCGGAAAGGGACAGUCCGUCGUCUUUCUCGUACCUGAAGAGAUUCAAAUCAAGAUUUUUGAACAGAGAGGGCCUAGUGUUGCGGGCCCUGCCAGUAUCAGCGUCUCUGACGUCCUCUGCUGGGCCAUUUCCGAAACACUGGAUGAUCUAAGGACGAGCAUGCCCUUGUGGGCAGUCCAAGGUCGCAAUUUUGAGAAUCAUAAGGACAUCUUCAAGGAUGAGAACUGGACCAAAGAGGAGGCCCAGAAGUUUCUGGAGCCCGAAGCACAAUCCCUAGAAGCACGUUACCGCCCACAGGUGCAGAAUGGGUCGCAAGAAGACCACCUCUCUGGAUGGGACAUGAACAACGAGAAUAUCACCCGCAUUGUUCAUCGCUGCAAGGACUUCGAAGCAAUGGGCUUCCGCUCUGCAACUUUACAAGAAGAGCAGGAGCGCGAGCUCUCACCGGAAAUCGAAGCCGAGAGGCAGCUAGAGCGACCUCCAAGGAUGGAACCACAUGUUCACGAGAUUCACCGCGAUGUGCUCCGCUUGGUGAAGGAAGACCAUCUCGGUCAAAACUCUGGCGGCAUUUUACCAGCCUUCCGAUCGCUUUGCAAAGUCACAGCUGUCGCGUCAUUGGGAGACAUGCAUCAGUUCCCAGUCAACCUGUUAGUCACCGCCGACUAUGCACGAACAGUAAAGAGGAGGUCUUCCCUAGACAAGCUUGAUUCCUUUCAGCGCCCGGUGCAGUGGGUCCUUUCUGUUUGGGACAAGACUGACUCCGCGCUCCUCCCGAUACUGGUCAUAUUGAGCCCGUUCGAGGCCAACGGUCUGAUUGACGUUAUACGAAAUUCCCCGAGGGCAACGCUACAUUUGUACUCUCCACGUAUGAAUCUUGGCUAUCAGCCUCUUGAUGCGCUGGACUUGUACACUGUCGGUCGACCGCUUAUACCAGGAUCCUUGUCUCGAAACCUCGUUAUGCAGCUCAAUCUGUUUGCAGGGCAAUUGUACCUGCGGUCUUACCGCGAGUAUGUUGAGCUCUGCAAUUUUCUGGGUCUUAAUUGGCGUGAGGCGAAAGACGGACAGACUGUGAGCGCGGACGGCUUCAUCAUGCCACCCUGCGGUAUUUGGAAAUUGCGAACGAGUCCGGUGCAGUUCCUGAAGACCUUCAUCACGAAUGUGAGGAGGGAUUGCCAAAGUAUUGAAAAGACACAUGUGGGAAGGAUACUGGAGGGGAUGUUGUUGAAGGAGGGGGAUUUCGCCACGGAUUGAGAGGGUCGCGUCUUCUGCGACAUGCUUCAAGGGAUUAAUAGUGAGGUGGCUGGGAAACUCGUGAUGUCUCGAGAAUGAAGCGGAUAUGACUGUGAGAGGUAUCUCUGCGCCG